GUCUAAUUAGAAAUAAUGUUUUGAACUGUAAUAUUCGAAUAACUAUUUAUUAUUCACCGCCAGCUCGAGAUUCACCGACUUCUUUUACACCAAUUACUUGCAUUACUAGCUCUGCUGGAGAAAGUAAACAAAGUAGCACAGCUGAAAUAGCCCUAGCAGAUCUCACUGCCGCUAUUGCUUCUACCUGCCUAUAUCCAUUGGCUUUAAUACUCCAGUCUCCUGCUUCUCUUUUUCCUCCUACAAUGUCUACGGCUGUCGUUAUAAGCCCGCAGCCUCACAGCAGCCACCUGCCUUCAGUCUUUUCACAUACACAUCUUCACAUCGGCAGCAACAGCAACAGCAACAGCAGCUGUAACACUACCGACAGCAACAACAACACCAAACUUGACGCAGACACGAUGCCGCACGCUCACGAGACGAAGCCUCUCUGGCUCAUCCAGCCACGCCUCGACGCCGGCGUCUAUCGCGACAAGCUGAUCGGCAGCGUCGUCAAAUACCCAGACCUUCCCACCGAACGCCACAUCCCCUACCGAACGGGCGCAAAGCUGCCCCGAGAUAUUGUCCCAGAUCUCGACCCCAAGCCCAUCCAGGUGCGCAACGUCAAGUUCUGGACCCGUCGCAUCAAAGAUGCCGGCGUCUCGGCGUCGCUCAAUGAGAUUCUCGAGGCGUUUGUGGACCGGGCCAAGGAGGACAACAGCGAGAAGAUGGCCACGGUAGCGAGGAUAUGGCACAUGGACUCGCCCGGCGAGAAGUUCAAGGAGCUUCUCAAGAACAAGGAAUAUUUCGAAGAGCUAUUCGAGUUGCUGCGGAGUAACCACGACCAGGGUUACUUUAUCACCGACAUCGUCACCCUGACAAAUAUGGAAAUUAAUGAUUCAACCAGUCACUCGUCAGGUGUCGGCGCCGAAGUCAAGGUACCCAUUCCGGAGCCUACCUUAAAUGUCAACAUCGGUGCUGGAGGUCGUUUCCAAGUCCUCAGAGAAAAGGGCUACUCGGCAUACUACGAGGAAGAGACCAUUGUCUUCCUCGGCUAUCGACUGGUGCGGCUUGAGAAGGUCGAGGGCACCAGAGCGAAGCUCGGACGCCUGUUUCUUGGCUCCAAGGCCGGCUUUACAGUGCGUGAUGGAUUCGACUAUUGGCCAGAAUUGGUAGAAAGGGCUGUGGAAGGAAAUGCAGAACCAUUCCUGUCAGCGGAAACGCCGAAGGAAGAGAAGAAGGAGCUUGGAGAGGAAGAGAUUGAAUUUGAAGCGAUCGUUGACGAACUCGGGUUUGACUUUGAGGUGGUGGGAUAAACUGCAUCUUAAUGUUGUUUGCAUGGCAUUGGCGUUACGGGGCUCGUGAUUGCAUUUACAUAUAGCAGAUCUACUAUAUCUGCUUGAGAAACCUGGUCCAUUAGAGAGGCCGGGUCUUGAGUGCUAGAUUAUGAUGAUGAAACAAUUGGGUGGUUUGGUCUUUUAUUUGAAUGCCUUUACAAAUACUGGAACUGCAUAGAGCUCGAUGGUUGCUGGGAAGACGCUAUUUGUAAUUCAGCACACCUCUUCGAUGGUCACAUGGAUUUGAUCCUAGGUAGAUGAUAGCCACAGACAUUGCAUGGUACUUCUUUUCAUGUCACCCAGUGACGCCAAUUAAUGUCCGUAUAUCAAGUUAAUUAUCUACAUUCCGCCAAGCGGAUAAGCGUCCGAUGUU